UCGCCUGGGCUCGGGGGCCCGCGGCGGCCGGCGGGGCGGGGUCCGAGCCGAGGCGCUGGGACCGUGCUGCUGCAGCAACAGCACCAAGGACCUGUUUGUGUUCUCCAAGACGAUGUUCAACGGCUCCUCAAUCUCUCUCCAGGUGCUGCCGAAGGAGUGCUCCCCGGGGGUGACCCUGAACGUGACCUGGUACCUGCGGAGCUCCCAUUGUCACAACGAAGUCUAUAUGAACGAGAAGAGAGCAGAGACUUACCUGACAAAUUACAAGACCGAGCUGGAGCCGAAGAGCUCUGGCCAAUACAUCCUACACUCGUAUAAACCCUUCAACUGUAGCCACGCGGUCCCCCUCGAGCUGAAUGUAGAGAGUUUUGAGCUGCCUACCCAGCUGGAUCGCCUCACGAACUUGCAGCUGGCGACCAGGGUCCAGCGGCGCGGGACCGCGGAUGUGCAGCCCAAGGAUGCCGCCAAGGAUGCCGCAGGGAAUCCUAAGUCGUCUGCUGUCAAGUUGGCCGGUCCGCCUGACAAAAAUCCAGAAGCAGCAGGGAAGCCGAGUGAGACCCAGGGAGAGAAACUGGACCCGGGAGAGGCUGGCGGAGCCAAGAAGUUAAAAGCAGGGAGGCAGGGCAAAUCAGAGCUGUAUGCCGUAGCUGAGACCUGGGAGGAUGGGCCCUACGUGUUCAUCCUGAAGAUUGAGGGGCAGAGCAAGGACCCAAAAGCUGCCUCGAACUGGGAGCUCACAAUUGACGUCCGGAUGAAGCACCCUCACUACCAGUACAUCUCCGCCUCCGAGUGGCCGCUCAUGGCGUUCUACAUGGCCAUGUGCAUCGUAUACGUGUUCUACGGGGUGCUGUGGCUGGGGCUGCUGGCCUGCUACUGGCGGGACAUCCUGCGCAUCCAGUUUUGGAUCGGGGGGGUCAUCCUGCUGGGCAUGCUGGAGAAGGCCGUCUUCUAUGCCGAGUUCCAGAGCAUCCAGAGCCAGGGGGUGUCUGUCCAAGGGGCCGUGAUCUUUGCUGAAGUGCUGUGCGCCGUGAAGCGUAUGCUGGCCCGCGUGCUGGUCAUUAUUGCCAGCCUGGGUUACGGCAUUGUCAAGCCGCGGCUGGGUGCCCUGCUGAACCGGGUGGUGGGCGUGGGGCUGAUGUACCUGCUCUUCUCCAUCAUUGAGGGUGUCCUGCGGGUGAAAUCGGACCAGGGUAGCCCGGUCACCCUAGUGUGCAACAUCUUGCUGGCCUUUGUCGAUUCCUGCAUCGUCUUGUGGAUAUCCUUUACCCUACACCCCUGGGGCCGCCCCACAGCAGGCUCCCUUGGGGAGGCAGCCAGGGGACAGUCCCGACACUCGUGGUCCCAGGUGCCUGGAGUAGGCCUGGCCUUGCCAGGGACCGCCUGUGGGGGUCACCCUGGGGCUCCCUGUGAGAAGCAGGGUGGGGCCAGUGCUCAGGAGACCUGGUGUGCUGGCUGCAUCCCUUUGCUAUGCUUGGAAUCUCCUCUGCGGUGGGAUAUCCUGGGCCGCCUGUGGAUCCUGCCGAGCUCGGCCACACGCUCCCCUCCCCUCCCUCCCCUCACGCUCGCGUAG